AUGGCUGCUCGCAUUCCGGCCGUCUUCAACCUCAUCCUGCUCACCACAGCUACCUUUGUGAGCUUGCCAUUCGACACUUCAUCCUCUGAAUUCGGCGAGAGAGCAGUCCCUGGCUGUUGCCCAAGCGCUGUCCACUUCACUCUACUCCAGCUGGGCCAGACCCUCAUCACUGUAGCUCAUGCCUACUACGUCACACUGUUUACCGGCGAGAGGCUUAUGGACGAACUCCAGUCCACUCCACUUGCCAUUCGCGCGCUCAUGGUACUCCUCAACGAAGUUGCGAUCAUCCUCUUCUGGUUCCGUGGAGCUCCCUACAACCUCGCCAAGAUGCCCAUCGUCGUCGCUACCUCCACUGGUCUUCUCCAUCGCAGUGGCCGUCAGAUGGCUUGGACGCUCACGCAAUUGGGCUUCAUCUGA